ACAGUUGAAGUUGCUGGUUCAUCUCCAAAAAAACUUCCCAAAACAGCAUCAUUUUUUUUCCUCUUCUCUGCAAAUUUUCAGCUGAAACAAAUCUCGAAAAACCCAAUUUGAAAGAUUACAAAUUCAAAGUAUUGAGUCACACUUUCAUUGUGUAAAAAGGUUUUUUCCUUUUAUUCGUUUCAUUUUUCUAGAAAGUUGAAGGUUUUGGAUCUGAAAUUUUGGGUCAUUUUGACUUUGUUUGAUUUGAGAUAAGAAUUGGGUUUUUGCUUUUGAUUUAGAUUUUUCAGUACUUUCAGAAGAAGAAGAAAAAAAAUGAGUUGGAAAAGCAAAGGAUUUGAUCCAAAUCCAAAAUCUAUGGUAACAAAAAAGUUGACUCUUUUGCUUUGCAUUGGCUGUUUUUGUGCUGGAAUGCUCUUUUCUGAUAGAAUGUGGACAGUGCCGGAGGCCGAGGAUAAAACCAUAUCACGAGCAAUGGGUGUUAAAGAUGAAAGACUAAAGUUAAUUUCAGAGGGUUGUGAUCCGAUACGACAGAAGGAUGUGAAGCAUGAAUCAAAGGAUAUACUCAGUGAAGUUUCGAGGACUCAUAAUGCUAUACAAACGUUGGACAAAACAAUAUCGAAUUUGGAGAUGGAGUUAGCCGCUACAAGGGCAGUGCAAGAAUCAAUAAUUAAUGGUUCUCCCAUUUCCGACGAACUGAAAAUCCCCGAAACAAAUGGGAAACGGAAAUACUUAAUGGUUGUAGGCAUCAAUACCGCUUUUAGUAGCAGAAAACGAAGAGAUUCAGUUCGUGCUACUUGGAUGCCUCAAGGAGAAGAAAGAAAGAAGCUCGAAGAGGAGAAGGGAAUCAUAAUGCGAUUCGUAAUCGGCCAUAGUGCUACCUCCGGGGGUAUCCUCGAUAGAGCUAUUGAAGCAGAAGACCGAAAGCAUGGGGACUUUCUGCGGCUGGAGCAUGUUGAGGGUUACCUUGAAUUAUCAGCCAAGACAAAGACAUACUUCGCCACUGCUGCUGCUUUGUGGGAUGCUGAUUUCUAUGUCAAAGUCGAUGAUGAUGUGCAUGUAAAUAUAGCAACACUUGGAGCAACUUUGGCUCGACAUCGAACCAAGCCCCGGGUUUAUAUCGGUUGUAUGAAAUCCGGUCCCGUUCUUGCCCAAAAGGGAGUAAGAUAUCACGAACCCGAACAUUGGAAAUUCGGUGAGGAAGGAAACAAGUAUUUCCGGCACGCAACGGGGCAACUAUACGCCAUCUCUAGAGAUUUAGCUUCCUAUAUAUCAAUUAACCAGCAUGUGCUGCAUAAGUAUGCCAAUGAAGAUGUUUCGUUGGGAUCGUGGUUUAUAGGGUUGGAUGUCGAUCAUAUAGAUGAUCGAAGCCUAUGCUGUGGCACCACAGAUUGCGAGUGGAAGGCUCAAGCGGGCAACGUUUGUGUUGCUUCGUUCGAUUGGACCUGCAGUGGGAUAUGCAAGUCUGUUGAGAGGAUGAAAGACGUUCACCGACGGUGUGGAGAAGGCAAGAAUGCUUUGUGGACUGAAGCUUAGUCAGUUUUCCUCCGAACUCCGGAGAAAGCAAAGUAAACAGUAGGAGCUUGUUUUUUUGGCCUUCAUGAGAAUACAUUGUAAAAAACAGUGAGGUGUGUAAUUAAAAAAUUCAAUUCUUUAGGUGGGGAUGGGGAGUUUUGUAAGUGUGAAAGGCAACUCCACAAUAAGUGCCAUUAGUUAAGCCAUAAAGCUUUUGCUUCUUUUAUAUAUAUAUAUAUAUACACAAAAUUAGUGGCUUUUUUUCAUUA